UCCGCUGAAUCAAUUAUUGCUAAAACAAAGAGUGAAAUUGCCAGCCGACGAUUUUGUGUUGUGAUUAAUGUAGUGAAUGAAGAAGAAUUAUUAAUGAACGUUUAUUUAAAAAUACCCGAGCCCCCGUGAAAAAAAGGUAGCAUUGAUAAAGUUCGAGUGGUGCCAUUCGUUAAUGUGAAUACACAUAUUCGGAAAGAACGUCAGAUGUAUACAGUAACGCGGUGGAAAGACGAUUAAUUCACUCCCGACAAAAGUACAUAGCUCCGUUCGUUGUCGUCAUAUCAGUUUUGUUUGAAUAACAAACAAGAAAUAAAGAAUACAACAACCGGAGAGUAGACAAAAACAGAGAGAAAACAACGAAGUAAAAACAACGUAACAAGAACAAGCAAAUAUACCGAAAUCUCCCAAACCACGGAAAACAAACACGUCCACAAUGGUGCUAGUGCUGAACGGUGUCCUACAGGACGAGUGCCCCAUGGAUACACACUCGCUCUUUGUACAACAUCCGGUUUACCGGGAAACGGCCACACAGUUCCUGUCAAUUCCUACGAAAACGGUUGGUGCACCCGGUUUGCUGUACGUCUGCCAGCGGGAAAUGGCUGCCGUUGCUCCACAUGACAAAAAUGUAAAUAUCAUAGGAUCGGACGAUGCCACGACCUGCGUCAUUGUGGUGGUGCGGCAUUCAGGUUCCGGAGCAGUGGCGCUGGCUCACCUCGAUGGCAAUGGUACCGAUGAAGCCGUUUCAACGAUGGUUGCCCGCGUUCAAGAACUGGCAUUCGGUUACCCGGAGGGCCGAAUCGAGCUCCAGCUGAUAGGCGGAUUCAAGGAUACCCAAGGCUAUGCGGAGGAUCUGUUCAGCAACAUUAUGCAGUCCUUCCACAAACACCCACUGGAGAUCGAUCUGACGCAGGCCUGCGUCGGCGAACUGAAUACCAUCCUGCGGGGAGACCUGAACUGGCCCAUCAUCUACGGCAUCGGGGUGAACGUCAAAACGGGAGAAAUCUUCCCGGCCACCUUCCCGGACAAGGGCCCCGAUAUUCAGCUGCGCAUGGCGCGACACUUUACCGGUGGCCAUCAGGUGCUCGAUAUCUAUGAUUCCACCGUCGGAAUGCUCCGGAUCGGUCCAUUCAACUACGACCCACUGCGCGGGGUGGACCUCUGGUUGUCGCAAAGCGACGAAUUCAUUCUACAGCAUCUAUCCACUAGUCCCGAGGUGGAACCACCCCACUUUGCUAUGCAAGUCCGUGCCACACUUAGAUACAUCCAAGAUAACCAAUUUCCAGCGGUGACGGUGUUCCGGAAUAAUAAUCCGCACUACUUUAGACGGGAUGAGUCGACCGGCUGUUGGACUCCGGUGCGGUUCUAGGAAAAAAAAAAAAGAUGUUCCCUAUAUAGCUAUUGUUUCUCUCACUGCAGCCUCAUAAUCUUUAUUUAAUCCUAGUAUACCGACCGGCAGACACGUUUGAUUAUUGAUAUUCUACGAUUGCUUCCGAGCAUGACUAUUGAUUUAUGUUGUUCAUCUCCUGGAUGUUGCCAAACGAGCUUUUUUUCUUAAUUUUAAUUGCUUUGGAGCGCGGUUGUAGAGACGUUGUUGAGUUGAGCUAGGAACAGCUAAGUAAAACGAAAAACCGGCUACAGGAAAAUUAUAGCGAAAUUUGAUUUCAGACCCGCGAGAAUGGAUUCGAAUUAGAUGAACAUAAUGUACAGCAUUUGGUUCUCUUGCCGUUAGAAAUGAGUAAGUUAUACGGAAACUUGAAUGAAAACAAUAAAAUAAAAUUUAAAGUUCA